UAACAUCUUGGAAAAUAUUGAUAUUGUUGUUUUUAUCAACAAAUUAAUUAUUCCGAUCUGAACCACUUCUGUUUAGAUAGUGUUUUAAAUUUGGAUAAAUAUCAAAAAGCAGGACAGCAGAAUGAUCUUCCCACCAUAAUAACUGCCUCUAACCUUUCCUGUAUGUCUGAUUAUAUAAACUGGUUAUUGUCCUUUUCUUAAUAUCGUGUUCUUUUCCUGAACUCUCCAGCUGCUUCAGCAGUUGAAGCGGCUUAUUUGUGAUCUGUGUCGGCUUUACAAUCUGCCACAACAUCCUGAUGUGGAAAUGCUGGACCAGCCUCUACCCGCUUGCCCCAUCACACAAGAGCGUAAGCAUGGGCCAACAGAUGAGGUGACCUCUGAAGAGGAAGAGGAGGAGGAAAUGGGAGAGGACAUAGAUCUGGACCAAGACCAGGACCUCUAUGACAUGAAAGAAGAGGAGCCCCCAGAGGGAAAGAAAUCUGAAGAUGAUGGAAUAGAAAAAGAAAAUCUUGCCAUCUUGGAGAAAAUACGUAAAAACCAGAGACAAGAUCACUUGAAUGUGAGUCCCUCUUAGGCA